UAUAACUGUCAAUUGUAAUCGUAAUGUCAAAUCAAAAAUAGCAAUAAACUAAACUUAGAGAAUUAUAGCAAAAUUAUUUUUUCAUUCUCGUAUUUACAUAGGUAAUUAAAAAUAUAGUAGUUUGUUAAAGCAUAAUUAGAUUGAAUAAAUCAUACAUUACAUUCCUUAGUGUCUUGCACUUUUGCUUUAUACUAAUUUGGUAGGGUACAAUUUUAAAAGGUUAUGUUUGUGUACCUAUUUUAAAAAUUAUAUUUUGAGUUAAAUUAAACAAUCAACAGCUCAGUGACUGCAAUAGCUACAAUUUAUUUAGGGCAGAAUGUUGGCACGCUACUGAUCUGCAUAGUGAUUAUAUUGGGAUGAAAAUAUUAACUCGCAUUGUUCUUUGAUUACCCGUGACAUAUUCGUAAGUUAAAAAAUGGAUAAUCAUAUUAGAUUCUUUGAAGAUAUUUCAACGCAAGGUUAUAAAGACGAAGGUGUUGUGACAAAUACUUCAUUAGACCAGAUCGAUGUUGAAGCAAUGAUUUUAAAAACAUAUAAAAAAUUUGAACAGAAAGCAUCAAUUGAUCCAGAUUUACCAAAGUUGAACAAGAGUGCUCAUGUAAAAUAUUUAAAAGAAGCCUUAGUGACUUUGCCUCAAAGUUAUGCUUGCUUAGAAGCUAGUCGACCCUGGUUGGCAUACUGGAUACUUCAUUCCCUUUGGACAUUGAAGAGUAUGCCUGAUGCAGAAACUUUAUCUAAUAUAGUAAAAUUCUUAUCUCAAUGUCAACAUAAGGAGGGUGGUUAUGGAGGAGGUUGUGGACAGCUUUCACAUCUGGGUACAACUUAUGCAGCUGUUAAUGCACUUAGUAUCAUUGGUACUGAAGAAGCAUAUAAUUCUAUUGAUAGAAGUGCUUUACAGACAUUCUUGUGGACAGUUCGGGAUGUUGAUGGGUCCUUUGCACUACACAAGGGAGGUGAAAAAGACAUUAGGGGGGCAUAUUGUGCAAUCAGUGUUGCCAAGGUGACCAAUAUAUAUACUGAUGCACUAUUUGAUAAAACUGCUGAAUGGAUUGUAGGUUGUCAAACAUAUGAAGGUGGUUUUGGUGGUUGCCCUGGUAUGGAGGCACAUGGGGGAUAUGCAUAUUGCGGUAUAGCAAGCUUAGCUUUAUUAGGUAGAACUAAGCUGUGUGAUGUUGAUGCCUUAUUAAGGUGGUGCGUUAAUCGUCAGAUGAGUCUAGAAGGUGGGUUCCAAGGAAGAACCAACAAACUUGUAGAUGGCUGUUAUUCAUUUUGGCAAGGAGCUAUAUUUCCUGUAAUUAGUGCAAUACUUUCUCAAGAUAACAAGGAAAUGAUGGAAACAGUACUAUUUAGCCAAGGUGCCUUACAGGAAUAUAUAAUAGUCUGCUGUCAAGCGUAUGAUGGGGGAUUACUCGACAAACCAGGAAAGCCUCGUGACUUAUAUCAUACUUGUUAUACACUAAGUGGACUAUCAGUUGCACAGCAUGGAACAGGAGCUCUAGAUCCAUAUGUAGUAGGUUCACCCAGAAAUGAGCUGAAUUCUAUACAUCCUUUGCAUAAUAUUGCCCCUCAUCUUGCAUACAAUUCUGUGCAUUAUUUCAUAAGACAUCCUCCUCCCGUAAAGGAUAACAACUAAUAAAAUAUUGCCUUUGUAUUUACAAAAUUUUUGAAUUUUAUCACAACUACAAAGGGAUUUUUUAAAAUAUCAUUACAAUAUAAAUUCCUGAAAUGUACAUUUGUAUUCAUGCUUUUAACCUAAAUUAAAAAUGCAUAAUUUACCUCUCCAAAUAUUAAACAUGAGUUUAAACAC